UCCGUCUCUCUAAAAUCUGAGGUGAGAAAAGUUGCUUAAUUGCGUUUCCGAUUUGUGUUUGGAAUAUUGACCAUCGCUAGGAGGCGUGCGUGAUUGUUCAAGACGGCGCAUGAACUUGCCGUUCUCUGCGAUGCUCAAGUCGCCAUUAUCAUUAUUUCCUCUCAUGGCAAAAUCUACGAAUUUGCUACUUCCAGGAAAUUAUAACAAGAUACUAAACGUGCUUGGAACUUGGCAAUCCUAAUGCAUUGCAUUCGAAUCCAGAGACAACUGAGGAAGAUGCACUGAAGGAGGCCGGAGUUUCCAAACAGAAUGCUGAUAAACUCAAACCAAGGAAAUUUCUUGGUAAGGACUUGGCACAGAUGAGCUCACAUGAAUUAUCAGAGCUUAGAGAGAAAAUAAACAAAGGGAUGAUGUUUAUAAAGGAUACAAAGCUGCAACUGUUGAGGGAUGAAUUAGAAAAAUCAAGAAUGCAGAAAGAGCAGCAGCUGCAGAAAUGCCAGAUGUUGCAGAGACAGGUUGAAGAGCUUAAGAAGAAUUUUGUUCCAUCAGUAAUUUAUAAUCCAGUACCAAUUUCUGUUCACUGCCCUGCAAUGGAGGAGGAGGAUGUUGUGCAGCCGGAACAGCUUAAGAACUUUGUUCCAACAAAAAUUUAUAAUCCAGUACCGAUUUCUGUUUACGACCCUGCUACUGAGGAGGAUGAGGACGUGGAUGUCGUGCUGCCGGAAUGAGCCCAGUACCAAUUUGUUCCAAGUAACAAUUUUGCCGCAAAGCUUGGUAUCAGCAAUGGUACAUAUAAUGCUAGUGAGCAUUAGGCCAUCUGCAACGCUGUCUCUUAUCCGUCCCUUAACCGUCUCUUAAAUUACUAUUCAUGGGCCCCACUGUACUUUUUUAC